AUGGAGACCAACGACAAAAUUCAAGAACCCAAGGUAUCCCCAAAACUCCACAUCCAGUCUCUCUAUUCCCAACCCACCGACAAUCAGCAAGCUAACGACGACCAGGCGAUCGCCAAAACCUGUCACUGUACCCUGCGUGCCUACCCAGUAGAAAUCCGAAAGAUGAUCUUUGAGCAUUCCCUGGUCACAUUCACAGACGGGAAAGGCGAGUAUCCAGACGACCAGACACUCAAAGAGAACAACUGUGCGCUUAUUGAAGCACUCCGACCAAGCCCAAAUCUCUACCAAGAAGCCCUUAAUGUUUUCUGGUCCAAGAGUCCCCUCGUACACGACGAAGCCUCCUGGAAUGCAUUCAUGAACCUAGGAGAUAUGGCCAUGAAAUCCAUCAAGUCCAUCAACUUUGACGUAUCGUAAGUCUUCGCUUGUGAUCUGCUCUCAGAAGUCAAAAUUGGGACGAGUAAUAACACAUUCUUACCACAGAUCCUUAAGCUUCGCUGUUAGUGCUGCACAUCCCCAAAAACUCAACUUACUCGACCAACUUCCACCAAACAUCCAUUUAGCGCGCAAUCUCACAGCCCUGACCUUCAGAAUUAGCCGCUCAGAUGCCUGUCCCAUCAACAAUUUCCUCUCCGAAAUCCUUGAAAAUUGUCCCAAUGUUCGAAAAUUGACGUGGUCGGCUGUGAUCAAGAAGCCGCCUAACUCUAACGAAUGGCGCCGCCUGGAAGUCGCAUGUGCAUUGAGUGCGGUGGGUGGUGCCAGGAGAGGCCAAACGAAGAUGAGCCGGGCGAUAUUCAUUUUGUGCUAUCGUGAUCUCUUUUACAACCUUGAUGAGUCUCUGGGUGGGGUAAAGACCUGA